UUCUUUCUUCGCCAAUCCUUACUACUAUUGCCCAAUCUGUGUGUCUUGCUGAUGGUUCGUUAUCCUCUGUUCGUCAUAAGAGUGUAGUGUCUUUAUCUCCUACCAUGACAUUAUCAUCUGUUUUACAUGUUUUAAUUUUUGCAUAUAAUCUCUUAUCCGUUAGUCGUCUUGUCAAACAAUUUAAUUGCGCUGUCAUCUUCUUAUCCUCUUCUUGCCUUUUAUGAGACUUGAGUUCGAAGAGAAUUUUUGGCAAGGGCUAUAAGCGUGAUGGGCUAUACUACUUUGGGGAUCCACCAAAUGAGCCUUCUUUUCUUCCUUAGCUAAUUUUCAGGCCUCUGUUCUACCUGUUUCCAUGUAUUGUGUUUUUAAUAUUCAGACUUUAGAAUUAUGGUACGCUCGUAUGGGUCAUGUUAAUUUUCGGUAUUUAUAUCAACUUUUUCCUUCAUUUAAUAAAGCUUGCAAAGAUUUUAAGUUUCAUUGUGUGGUUUGUGAGUUGUCUAAGCAUACUCCUACUAACUAUAUCCCUCAUAUGACUUAUGCUCCUGGUAUUUUUGAUCUUAUACAUUCUGAUGUUUGGGGUCCUUUCCCUGUCACUGUUUUUUCUGAUCAUAGAUAUUAUGUGACUUUUAUUGAUAAUCACACUAGGUGCACUUGGGUUUAUCUACUUCAUCGUAAGUCUGACGUUUUUUCCAUUUUUGUCCAAUUUUUAUAGAUAGUUAAAACUCAAUUUCAUACAGUUGUUAGAACUAUCCGUUCUGAUAAUUGUGGGGAAUAUAUUUCUAAUGCAUUUCGUUCUCAUCUCAAUCAAACCGGUAUUCUUCAAGAACUUACUUGUCCUCAGACCCCUCAACAAACUGGUAUUGCUGAACGCAAAAACCGUCAUAUUAUAUUUGUUGUCCAGUGUCUUCUUCGGGUUAUAGAUGUUCCCAAGUCUUAUUGGCAUAUGGCUGUCCUUGCUGUUGUUUACCUCAUUAAUAGGACCUCUAGUUGUGUGUUGCAUGGACUCACUCUAUUUCACACCCUUAUACCCACCACCACUUUGUUUCCCCUCUUACCUCGUGUCUUUGGGUGUACCUGUUUUGUUCAAAAUCAGAGUCCCACUCACAUAAAGUUAGAUGACAAAUUAUUUGUUAUAUCUUCUUAAGGUAUUCUUCCAUGUUCAAAGGGUAUAGGUGUUAUGACCCUGUGUCUCGUAACUUUCACCACAUUUUGGAUGCUACAUUUUGUGAGGAUCUUGCUUUCUUUGGUACUGACCUUUCUUUGCAGACUUCUCCUCCUGUUACUUCUAUUAUUUGCCCGGUGAUCAUCUUGGACGAGGUUGAGAAUGACGUUGUCCCCCUUCCUCUUUCUCAACCUUCACAUCCUCUCCCAUUGCAAGUAUACUCCCGUUACCCACGAACUCAGCCCCCUUGCCACCUCUCUGAUCUCUGGGUCAGGUAACUCUUCUCCUUUUCCUCCUCUUCCUCCACCUCUUCGUCGUAAUCCACAUCGGGAUCGACGUCAUCCAAAUCGUUUGAGUUAUUUGAGUAGUACUAAUUAUCCUACUUCCUAGUAUCUUUCCUAUGACAAGAUUUCCCCUUCUUAUUGUUUUUUUCUUGGUAAGUUUGAGUCGGAGUCCAUUCCUCGUUCUGUGUCUGUGGCCUUUCAGAAUCCCAAAUAAGUAGUGGCUAUGCAGACUGAAAUGGCAGCUUUAGAACAGAAUUACACUUGGGAUCUUGUAUCUUUACCUCAUGGGGAAGGCAUAGUUGGUUACAAAUGGGUGCACACCAUAAAGUACCUCGCUGAUAGCUCAGUUGACCGUUACAAAGCCCGCUUGGUGGCCAAAGGUUUUACACAGAUUCCUGGCAAGGAUUUUGGUGCCACUUUUGCCCUUGUCACCAAGCUUACUUCUGUACGUCUCCUUAUUUUCCUUGCAGCAUCUUAUUCUUAGCCUCUUCAUCAGCUUGAUGUCAAGAAUGCAUUUCUCUAUAGAGAUCUUCUUGAGACGAUUUACAUGGCUCCUCCACCCAAUUUUCGGGCUAAGGGGAAGUAUUCGGGAAAAGUGUGCUAGUUACGCAAAUCUUUGUAUAGUUUGAAACAGUCUCCAUGAGUAUGGUUUAGUCGGUGCAAUUCUAUUAUUAUAUCUAUGAGUUUUGUUCAGUGCCACUCCGAUCACAUUUGUUUCAUUUAUCGGAAUUCUAUAGGUCAGUGUAUAAUCUUGUUAGUUUAUGUGGAUGAUAUUAUUCUCACAAGUAAUGACUCUAUCGGCAUUGGUCAAGUAAAGAAGGACUUAGGCCAAACUUUUGAUAUUAAGGAUCUACGAUGUCUCAAAUAUUUUUUGAGAAUUGAGGUGGUUCGCUCAAGGAAGCAGAUCUCCUUGUCUCAAAGAAAGUAUACCCUUGACUUGCUUUAGAAUACUGGUAUGUUAGAGUGUAAACUUGCUUCUACUCCUAUGGAUUCUAAUGUCAAACUCACAUCAGAGUCCGGUGAGUUGUUGGAUGACCCAGGCCUGUAUAAGCGUCUUGUUGGACACCUCAUUUAUUGGACCAACACUAGACCUGACUUGACAUUUGCAGUUAGUGUCGUGAGUCAGUUCAUGCAUGUACCUCGUAAAGAGCACCUUGACGCGGUUCAUCAUAUUUUGAGGAUCUAAGAUUGAUCGGCAUUUCACUUCUGGCUUCUAUAUUUUCUAUGGUGAUCAUCUUAUCUCAUGGAAAAGUAAAAAGCAACUGGUAGCUUCUAGGUUUUCUGCAGAAGCUGAGUAUCGAGCUAUGGCACAUGGGACAUAUGAGAUUCUUUGGAGUCGCUCUAUUCUGGCAGAGUUGGGUUUUGAGAAGGCUGUUCCUUCCUCUUUAUUUUGUGAUAACAAAUCUGUCAUUGUGUUAUCCCCUGGUUCCGUGCUUAGCGUACCAAGCAUAUCGAGGUUGACAUACAUUUUAUUCGAGAAAAGGUUUUGCAUCAGGUUUUUCAAAACUAUUUCAACCAACAUACAUUUUGAUUUUGGUGGAGAUGCCGGUGGGUCAAUCAGGUGCUCAUACGAUAAGAUAUACGAUAAGAUCCCAUGGAGUUCAAGUGGCAAAGACCCAUAUGUAUGAUUGGCUAAUUCUCUUGCUUCUUGUGGCGAUAGAAGUCGUUUUGAUUGUUAUAGAACCAUUUCAUCGUUUUGUGGGAGAGGAAAUGAUCACAGGCCUAAAGUACCCAUUGAAACCCAAUACUGUCCCUGUUUGGGCCGUUGGGGUGAUUGCUGUAUUGUUGCCUUUUGCAGUCAUUCUUGUCUACUACUUCAUUAGGAGGGAUGUUUAUGAUUUCCAUCAUGCCGUAUUGGGCCUUCUAUUUUCUGUACUUAUAACUGGAGUUUUAACUGAUGCAAUCAAAGAUGCUGUUGGUCGGCCUCGUCCAGACUUCUUUUGGCGUUGCUUCCCUAAUGGCAAAGCGGUAUUUAAUAAUGUCACAAGGAAUGUUAUGUGUACUGGACAGAAAAGUGUUAUCAAGGAAGGAUACAAAAGUUUCCCGAGCGGGCAUGUGUCUUGGUCUUUUGCGGGUAUGGGUUUUCUCACAUGGUAUUUGUCGGGGAAAAUCCGGGUAUUUGAUCGUGGGGGCCAUGUUGCAAAGCUUUGUGUCAGUGUUCUGCCCUUACUUGUUGGAGUUCUAGUGGCAAUUUCAAGAGUGGAUGACUACUGGCAUUAUUGGGAGGAUGUAUUUGGUUCAGCUGUUAUAGGAUUGACUGCUGCUUCAUUUUGUUACUUGCAAUUCUUUCCACCCCCAUAUGACAUGGAUGGUGCGUUUCCACAUGCUUUUAUUAAAAUAUUGGCAGAUUCCCAGAACACCACUCAGUCCACAUCCAACAAUGCCAACCGUAAUGUAUAUAGCCAGCCUCACCAAGGGAUGACAAUGUCAGAAAUCAGUCUGAGGGACACGAGCCCAAUCCUAGAUGAGAUGGAAAGUGGGAGAAGAUAUUGACUUCGAGGUUUCGAUUGCAGGGUACAAAUAGAUAUAUGAUUAUAUCACUAGAUGUGCAUACCCUCUGUAGGAUGAGUUGUGAAGUGUGCUUGGUUUCAUUUACAUGAAAAGAGUUGUACAUGCAACAUAGAUUUAUAUGUUUUCAGCUACUUAUAUCACAGUAUUGUCCUGCUUUUUUCAUUAUCUAUUGUCUUGUUAAUUGAAUGCAACAUUGGCUUUUUACUCCAUCAAAUGCUCCAUGUACUAAAAUUCUUACUAGAAAUUUUACUAAGUAGGCAUGUGUCCA